GUUUCCCUACUGUGAAUUACAAUCGAAAUCGUUGAAAAGUUCGAGUCAUUCGUAGACCUUUUAAGUGUUAUAUUUUGAGUAUUGGAUACAGAGAAAAGAGAAAUGGAAGAAAUCGGUACUAUUCUUCCCGAUAAGGAAGUAGAGAUAGAAUGCAAGCCUCUAAUCGGGCAUUAUUCGGGAGCAGGUGAAGAACUGGAUGUCGAGGAUCUUUAUACCAAGUACAAGAAGCUACAAAGAAUGCUGGAAUUUUUGGAAGUGCAAGAGGAAUAUAUUAAGGAUGAACAGCGUAACUUGAAGAAAGAAUAUCUGCAUGCGCAGGAAGAAGUAAAGCGUAUUCAGAGUGUCCCACUUGUUAUUGGACAAUUUCUUGAGGCGGUAGAUCAAAAUACGGGAAUAGUGGGCUCAACAACUGGGUCGAAUUACUACGUGCGCAUUUUGUCUACUAUAGAUCGAGAAUUAUUGAAACCUUCUGCUAGCGUGGCACUUCAUAAGCAUAGUAAUGCUCUUGUAGAUGUAUUACCUCCCGAAGCUGAUUCUAGCAUUUCGAUGUUGCAAGCAGAUGAGAAACCUGAUAUCCAAUACAGUGACAUUGGAGGAAUGGACAUGCAGAAGCAAGAAAUCAGAGAAGCAGUGGAGUUGCCACUUACGCACUUUGAAUUGUAUAAGCAGAUUGGUAUCGACCCACCACGAGGUGUUUUGUUAUAUGGUCCACCUGGUUGUGGUAAAACUAUGCUAGCCAAAGCUGUGGCAAGACACACAACAGCUGCUUUUAUCAGAGUCGUGGGUUCCGAGUUUGUCCAAAAGUACUUGGGAGAGGGUCCGAGAAUGGUCAGAGAUGUCUUCCGUUUAGCUAAAGAAAAUUCACCAGCAAUUAUUUUUGUUGAUGAAAUUGAUGCAAUUGCAACUAAGCGGUUUGAUGCACAAACUGGAGCAGAUCGUGAAGUACAACGUAUCCUUCUUGAAUUGCUUAAUCAAAUGGAUGGUUUUGAUCAAACAACUAAUGUGAAAGUUAUCAUGGCUACUAACAGAGCCGAUACAUUGGAUCCUGCUUUGCUGCGGCCUGGAAGACUCGAUCGGAAAAUAGAAUUUCCGUUACCUGAUCGCCGACAGAAACGACUUAUCUUUGCAACGAUUACAGCAAAAAUGAAUUUAAGCGAAGAAGUGGAUUUAGAAGAUUAUGUGGCAAGACCGGACAGGAUUUCCGGUGCUGACAUCAAUGCUAUCUGCCAAGAGGCAGGAAUGCACGCCGUGCGCGAAAAUCGAUAUAUAGUCUUGGCAAAAGAUUUUGAAAAGGGUUAUAAGAACAAUAUCAAGAAGGACGAAUCCGAACACGAAUUCUACAAAUAGAUAUAUAUUAAAGUCUUGUAUAUCCAACCCUUUUUAACUAAUUGAAUAUUUACUUGGUAUUAUAUCGAUAUAUUAGCCCUAUUUGGCAAUAAACGGUAACUAGAUUCUCAUACAUCAAUA